GGUUUUUCUACUGACGUUUUUUUGUUCCGGCGGUUCUCCAGCAGACAGCUGAACAUUCACGAUGAGCGCUCGAGUUCUGGUCGGAGUUAAACGGGUCAUUGACUAUGCUGUCAAGAUCCGAGUCAAACCGGAUCACACAGGAGUGGUCACAGAUGGCGUCAAGCAUUCGAUGAACCCCUUCUGUGAGAUCGCAGUGGAGGAGGCCGUCAAACUCAAGGAGAAGAAGCUUGUGAAGGAGGUUGUGGCAGUCAGCUGUGGUCCUCAACAAGUAAUGGAGACGAUCCGGACGGCUCUGGCCAUGGGAGCAGACCGCGGCAUUCAUGUGGAAGUUUCUGGAAAAGACUACGAGACGCUUGGUCCCCUGCAGGUCUCCAAGAUUCUGGCUGCCCUGGCCAAGAAAGAAGAAGCAGGUUUGAUCAUACUGGGUAAACAGGCUAUAGAUGAUGACUGCAAUCAAACUGGGCAGAUGACAGCAGCACUGUUGGACUGGCCACAGGGAACAUUUGCAUCAGAGGUGACCAUAGAGGGAGACCAGCUUAAAGUGGUGAGAGAAGUUGAUGGUGGACUGGAGACCAUUAUGAUCAAAAUGCCAGCUGUAGUGACCGCUGACCUCCGUCUCAACACGCCCAGAUAUGCCACGCUGCCUAAUAUUAUGAAAGCUAAGAAGAAGAAGAUUGCAAACGUGAAGCCUGGAGACCUGGGGGUGGAUGUGACGUCAAGGUUGGAGGUGCUUCGGGUAGAUGAACCUCCUCAGAGACUAGCUGGAGUCAAGGUGGAGACGGUGGAUGAUCUGGUGGGCAAGCUGAAAGAGGCAGGAAGGAUAUAGAGGAAGAAGAUGCUGGAGGGGCGCUACAGACUAACAGUGAAGAUCUUCAGUCCUGAACAUCUUCAGGUUCUCAAUCACUGGUGAUGGAACAAACAGUCGGCCCCAUCACAAAUUUAGACCAGACACUUGUAGUUCUUGUAGUUCCUGUUCCUCUGUGUUUUUGACUCCAUAAUGUUUGCGUCGAUGCUGAGAGACACUUAAAACCUCAUCCGUCCUAACAUAGGUUCACCUGUUUUUUUGAGUCUUUAAUAUUGUAUGGGACAUUUAUAGACAACGUCUAUUCAAUGCACUGCUAAAAUAAGCCAUUCUAUUCAUGAUACGUUCACUCAAAACACCUGUAACCUCACUUGACCUGGCGGGACCUUAUCUGUGUUUGCUGUCAUUGGUUGUGUAAUGAAAAGCUGUCAUCAGAGUUGUAUGAGUGAGCUCAGGUUUUGGUGGCUCUUUUUCAGGUUACGUUGUUUAAAGUUAACCAUCAUGUUUGGCCGGACCGUGUCUCUUUGCAUGAUCAAAAACACUUUGUGCCUCUGAAAUAGUUGUGAUUGUACAUUAUCAUUCGAUGACAAUAAAAAAAUGCCUUUAUU